GGUGACUGGGAUAUAUUCGAGUCAUCGAGAAAGCGUAUUUCCGAACCAUCAGAAAUUCUUCCAGCUUCGUUUCCCUUCCCACAUUAUGAUCGAGCGCUUAUCGCUCGAUCGAUUCAGCAGUGUCAAAGGCGCGUUGAUGAGGCGAGUUGUGUUCCAAUCAUUUAAACCGUAUUUUUUUUCGAAAAAAUGUCGAGGCUCGUAGCUGGAAAACUGGCACUUGUUACCGGUGCUGGAAGUGGCAUCGGAAGGGAGGUAUGUCGAGUAUUGGCUCGCGAAGGCGCAAGUAUUGUGGCGGCCGAUCAGAAUAUCAAAACUGCUCAAGAAACUGUUGCCACUUUGGAAGGUACUGAACAUAUUGCAUUAAAUGUUCGUGUCAAUGACCGAAACAGUGUUGAAACAGCGUUUAAAGAUGUUAUAAAACAAUUUUCAAAGCCACCCACCAUCAUUGUUAAUUCAGCAGGCAUCGCACGAGAUAACUUUUUGGUGAAACUCAGCGACAAUGAUUUUGAUGAUGUCAUUGAUGUCAAUUUAAAGGGUACUUUUCUAAUUAUGCAAACUGCUGUCAAAGCGAUGAUAGAGGGAAAUACAACCAAAGAUUCUUCAAUUAUCAAUGUAAGUUCGAUUAUUGCUACACGUGGGAAUAUUGGACAAUGUAGCUAUAGUGCAUCAAAAGCUGGAGUAAUAGCUAUGACAAAGAGUGCUUCGAUGGAGUUUGGACAAUUUGGGAUCCGGGUAAAUGCAAUACUUCCUGGUUUUAUAGACACUCCUAUGAUUGCAAUUGUACCUGACAAAAUUAAGGAAAGAUUUGUAAAAAGAAUAUCAUUGCAAAGAUUGGGGAAGCCAGAAGAAGUAGCAGAAGUUAUCUUAUUUUUAGCUUCUGAUAAGAGUUCUUACAUAAAUGGAGCUUCUAUUGAAGUUACUGGAGGACUGAAUGAAAUUACCACAAUAUCACAACAUAUAUAAAUAAAAUUCUAUUUCGAAUUUUGUCGUGAAUUCAAAAAGAUUGUCUACAGUAGUCUUUAAACAUAGGUAUUCAUAUUAAUAUAUAUUUUUUUAAGAAAUGUACAAUUGGUAUAUAUAUAUGUAUAUAUCUUUGCUGCUAUAUUUUUGCAAUAUUAAAGAUGUAAAUUACAAAUUUU